CGUCGUGAUGCAUCGUGUCGAACAAUGCGGUGAGAACGGCUAAAUCCUGAAACACAACUUCAAUAUUAUAGCAUCCAGCGUUGGGCAAUUCUACUGCAGUUUCAGACCUCUUCUGCGAAAGUACUAGUGGGGAAAGAUUGCCACGUCUGCGACUUCCCUUCUUUGCGCUCAGGCAUCCAAUCUUGUCCUUGUUAAGCACCCCGGCCUGCUCUGGUUCAUACAAUGUCAGGAGAUGCCAGGCGGAACAGGUCACACAGCGACGACGAGUCAUCCUCUCCGAUACCAUCACCAGGUUCUGGCACUCAAGAUCGUGGCCGAUCAAGAACACGGCGGCCUUCCAAUCACCUCCCAGAACACAACAUGAGGAAACGAGGGUACCACUCAUUUAUGACUUCCUUUGGUAAGAUGUUUCACGUAGAGAAGCGCUGGAAGAUGGUACGAGAAAUGGGUUCAGGUGCAUAUGGCGUCGUCGUAUCUGCUGUGGAUGAGAUCUCUGGUGAAACGGUGGCCAUCAAACUCGUCACUCGAAUAUUUGAGAAAGUCCAGCUUGCGAAACGGGCAUUGAGAGAAGUUACUCUUCUUCGGCAUUUCUCAAGUUGUUCUGAACCUUUGACAGCGGAUUUGCACCAGAUCAUAAAGUCUGGCCAGCAUUUGAGCAACGAACACGUCCAGUACUUCCUAUAUCAGAUCCUUCGUGGCAUGAAAUAUGUGCACUCAGCCGCCGUCAUUCACCGCGAUUUGAAGCCAGGCAACUUACUCGUCAAUUCGGAUUGUGAACUCAAGAUAUGUGAUUUUGGCUUGAGUCGGGGAUUUGACUCCGCCCCAGACGAGCAAGUGGGCCACCUCACCGAAUAUGUAGCCACCAGGUGGUACAGGGCGCCAGAGAUCAUGUUGGCUUUCAGAGGAUACACGAGAGCCAUCGAUGUUUGGUCUAUAGGCUGCAUAUUUGCAGAGCUUAUGCUUGGACGACCCCUGUUCAAGGUUGAUCAAUUGAACAAGAUACUUGAUGUUCUUGGCACCCCAGAAGAAGAUGUAAUCAAUCGAAUUGGGAGCGAUAAGGCACAACUAUAUAUCCGCUCACUUCCAAUCAAGAAAGCUGUACCGCUAUGGAAGUUGCUUCCGACUGCUGAUGUACAGGCCCUGGAUCUCUUGCAAAAAAUGUUGUCUUUUGACCCGUCGGCACGCAUCUCAGUUCCUGACGCGCUCGCACACCCUUGGCUGGCAUCCUACCAUGAAGAAACCGACGAGCCCGAUUGUCCCACCACGUUUGAAAAGUGGAGAGACAUCGAGAAGCUCGAGACCCUUGAAGAUUUCAGGAAGGCACUAUGGGAGGAAAUAGAGGAUUACAGAAUGGAAGUGCGAGGUAUCACACGCGAGCCGACAGUACCUAACCCCCAUGAAAAUGCUUGCGGAGAGACUCCUGGUUCCCCUGAACAGUCUCUGGAGUCCCGGAAGAGCGCUUCCGUAUCACGGAGGAUGGAAAGUCCCGAAGCUAUAAGGGAGAAUGUGGCCUCCGAUAGUCUUGCCCCGCCAGCUGCCUUGGACUACUUCCGCCCAUGCACGCCUGAAGACCCCGUCGUCAAUUAUGCGCGGCGCUCCAGCAUACUUCAACCACAGCGCCAGCCGUCCACAUCUACAUAUAACUCGCCACCAGCGUCAACCACGCAACACCCAUUCGUACCCAUGUUUGAAGGCCUGCCGACCAGUGCUAGUGGCAUCGCAUUUCCUAGCGAAGGUUACGUCUUACCUGCUCGUUCCCGUGCGGCUUCAACCGCAACAGCAGGAGGAAGUGAAAUAGCAGUGCGGAAAUUGUUGCGGACUUUGUCGACAGUAUCGAUUCACGAGAGUGUAGAAGGAUUGCCGGGAGGAUUGGCCGGUGUGGCACCCAUCGGCAAAUUCAUUGUUGGGCAAGAAUCUGAAGCAGAUGCCCCGCCCAGUGAGAUGCCGAUGGAGUUCAGUGUUCGCACCAGGAAGGAGGGGGGUAAGGAGCUUGCUAUAUAAU